GCCGCCGCGAGAGGACGCUACGCCGCCGCGCGCCGCGCCCCACUGACACACUGUAGACCGAUAACGCGCACUAGCGGCGCCGCGGCCCCGUCGUCGCCGUCCUGGAAGCGAGGGCGUCGUCGGCGACCCGCGUGUCGUCCUGACAGCACCUGUCGACGCGCACCUCGUCCGCCGCGUCCCGCGUCGCCGUCAGCUGAUCGGGGCAUGGCAAGCGGGGAGGCGCGCCCUGGAUGUUUACCGCCGACACCCUGACCACCUUCGCCGCCUAGCCGCCUAGCCGCCGCAGCCGUCUGACUCGCCAUGGUGGAUCUACUGCCCCUCGGGGCGCUGCGGGGCCCCCGCGCGCCGCCGCGCCUGCCCGGCCCCGCCGCCCCCAACGGCUCCAGCGUGGACGGCCAGCUGGGCCUGCUCAAGUCGCGGCUUUUCUCGGCGCUGGAGAGCCUGGAGGGCAGCCAGAUCCUGUCCCACCUGUCGUCGCGCCUGGAGACGGCGCUGUCCCUCAGCCAGGACUCGGCCUCGGCCGCCUCGCUGCAGUCCCCGGACGAAGCCGGCAGGUGCCCGCGCGAUGAGAGCGCCGGCAGCGCCAGCGACAAGAAGACCCCCUCCGGCCAGGCCGGCCAGGCCGGCCGGGGCUCCCAGGGCGCGGACGGCCCCUCCAGCGGCGGCUCCAACGACGGCGACCGCGUGGCCAGGCCGGCCCAGCCGGAGGCGUGCGGCCCGGACCCCUACGACAAGCUGCACUACAAGAUGGAAGCGGCGAGCAGCAGCUCUGGCAGUGAAGGGGAUGGUUACGGCCCGAGCACCAGUAUCGACUCUCCGGAUCACGACGCCAAGUACUGGGUUAGAUCAGGCUCCGAGGGCUCGGUGCGGUCCUGGGCGUCCAGCCUGAGUCUGGACAGCCAAUCCGACGAGGCGACGGCCGCCGCCGUGGAGUUCAUGCGCAAGUACGUGACGGACCUGUUCGCCACCCCGGGGGACAUCUCCCUGGAGCAGAAGGCCAAGUUCGGACAGCUAGCGCAGACCGAGGCGGGCAGGCUGUGGUUCUCGCGCUUCGUGAACGCGCAGCGGGUGCACAACCUGCGCGUCAGCGAGUCCACCUUCUACAGCCUGGUGCAGCACUUCGCCAUCGUGCUGUUCGAGUGCGCGGACGCGGACGACUUCGGCCCCUCCAAGUCCCUCAUGAACAUGUGCUUCACCUUCUAUCACGAAGUGGACGUCCCGGGGUGCGAGCCGUACAAAGAGUACCUGUCGGUGUACCUGCGCGAGCAGCCCAUCUGGCACUCGUUGAGGUUCUGGAACGCUGCGCUGUUCGACGCCCUGCAGUGCGAGCGGCAGCACGGCUGCGUGCCAGCACUGGAAGCGCUGGACGCCGAGCAGGAGUACCAGGAGAACGUCACCUUCGGACAGCUGGGCACCUUCACCUGCAACAUGCACGCGUUCGGACUGAGCCGCGAGCUGUGCACCGAGUUCCUGAGGAAGCAGUGCGUCAUCGCCAACCUCCGACAAGACCAGGAGAAAAUGCUGCGGGACAAUGUGGAGAGGAUGUACAGCGAGACUGAGCGUUGGCGAUCGCCGUGAGAGAUUGUGCUCGUCUUCGCGUCCCGGCGGACUAGCUCCGAAGCGUCGUCUCGUCUCCGUCGCACUCGUGUACCGACCCGCAGCGGCGCGAGAGAGACGCGGAUGGCUCUCUUCGUUCGGCACGUCGACCAGGCCAAUCAGGAUCAAGAAGAAUCGAGGCUCAAUGAAAAGACUUUAAUCUCGCCCCUCUCUUAAAGGCCGAAUUUUGGUUAUUUCCCAUUUGCUGCUUCCAGGUGGUCAAUGCCACUCACAGUAUAAGUGCGUUUUUCAGAGUUUUUGCCCUGCGGGGAACUUGACGAAAAUGCAGUGAUCUUCACAGUAUUAAAUAUUUAUCAAGACAAGCUAUUUAUUGUACAUUCCAAGGUCGGAGUCGAUUGUGAAGGGCCGGAGAGGACCGAAAAGGACCGAAAAGGACUGUCAGGGUACAGAGGGGCAACUCUGCCUCUCCACGUAGAGAACUCUGGGUUUGUCGUCGUUUUGAUUAUAUAUAACAUUGACGGCGGAGACUGCUUUUUGUCAGAGGGUAUGGGAGGAUGAAAUUGUGCGUGCAUGUAAGCUUUGAAGUUUUGUCGGUUUGGUGGUGACCGUGUUCAUCUCUGCUUCUGCUUGACAACGGACGAGGUAUUCAACCAGGUUUCAUUACAGUGUACGCUUACGCCGAAAUGAAUGAGAGAAUAUUUUGUUACACGUGUUUGGAUGAAUCUGUUUAAUCUACAGUCGUGGACGAAAGACAAGCCUCAGGCUCCUAUAGCUGUGAUGUUACUUGUACGUAGUGAUUUACUCGAGCCAAAAUUUGGUGUGAUUUGUUAGACCGCUAAUUAUUUAUUGUACAGAAAUUACUAGCAUCGCGAGGAAAUAAAUGGUUUGUCAUUUCA